AUGUCGUUCCUCUUGGAGGAGAGAAGCGGUGUUAUCCCGUGUAAAACACCACGGGGAAACUGGUCCCAAACCACGGAGGAUGUAUUUAUUGAAGUGAAUGUACUCCGCGGGACGUCUGGCAAAGAAGUCAAAUGUAAUCUUGGAUACAAACUGAUAGAACUACACGUCAAAAAGGCAACAAUUUUUUGGGGGGCCAUUUUCGGCAUCUCUCUUGCUGAUGAAGGAACGUGGACAUUAGUGAUGUGUCUGAUCUGUAUCGUUCUGAUGAAGACGAACAGGGAGGGAGGUAACUGCUGGUCCUCUAUGCUAGAGGGAGAGUACUGUGCUGAUGCCUGGCUCCAGGACCAGAUGCAGAGGAAACUAACUCUGGAGAGGUUCCACAGAGAGAACUCUGGCUUUGACUUCAGUGGAGCAGAGAUCUCUGGGAACUUUGCAGGUGGUGGGCCAGCCUUCUACAGCUUGCAGAAGUAAAGUGACAUGUAACAGCAAGGUCGGACUCACCCACUGUAUGGAACGGAUGUGAAACGGCU